AGUGAAAUCGUUAGAGUUUACCUCAAACUUGGUUAUUUUCGAAAAGCUGCUGACUAUUACAAAAAAUCUGUCCGAUCAGUUGCAAGCUGAAGAUUUAGAUCUGUCUGGAGCCGUUGAUUUGUUAGAGACUGUGAUAGAGCAAUUGGUGGAGACCAGGGAAUCCGGGUGGGACGAUACAUGGCAGCAAAUUCUUCACUUGGCACAAACCUGCAGCGUUAAUAUGGAUGUUUCUGAUGGAUCACGCAGUCGUGGUGAUCCUGGACUUGUUACCGGUCGUCGCACUCGGAAACAAAAGGAAAUUACUGAUUGCGUUUUAACAGAGACUACUGGGCAGCGAUUAACUGAUUAUUUCACCAACGAUCAAGAUCCCCUGGAUGACGUGGCAAGAACGAAAAUUCAUUUACGACGAAAGCUUUUCUUACCGGUGAUAGACCAAAUGCUGCAGGAACUGGAAUCAAGAUUCAGCAACGAUGGACGAUCCCUUAUGAAGUCAAUUCAGGCUUGUAGUCCACAGUCCCGAAACUUCCUUCAAGCAGACGCCAUUAAUGCCUUAGUGGUACAUUACGACAUAAACCGUGAGGAAAUUGGUUAUGAAACUCAUCAGGCAAGAAAAUUUCUUAAUGCAUCUAUGUGUGAAAUGAAGUCUAUCGCCGACGUCAUUAGAGUUCUUACGCCGGUCAAAGCAGCUUUUCCGCAUCUUAUAUCUGCCUUGCAGAUAGCGUUGACUGUUGGGGUGACAUCUGCCUCAUGUGAGAGAACUUUCUCUAGUUUGAAGAGGCUGAAGACUUACACGAGACAAUCGAUGCUGCAAAGCCGAAUGAACAGUCUAGCGAUUUUGACCAUAGAGAAAGAUGUAGUUGAAACGUUAGAUUUAGAGAGGGUAGUUACGAAAUUUGCAAGUUUAGAAUUUGGAAGAUGCCGAAGAUUAAGUCUAGUUAGCAAAAGCACAAAAUUUUAGUGCUCUAUAGAACAGCUUGUAUUCUAACUGAGCUAAUUAUGAGUACAUGAUUAGGUUUUGUUCGA